AUGGAAGCUGAGGCCAGGAGAGAGGCUUCAGGAGGGUCAGAGAUCAUCUUCAGCACAGCAGAUAACCCACAGAGAGCUGUGCUACUGGGCUUUCAGAAGAUCGUCAUGAGGAGACUUCGCACAAGAUUAGAUCUAGUUGCUUGUGCUUUACCUCCAUGUGUGAGAUCAGUUUGUGCAGCGGCUCAAGCUGUACAAUGGUUGGUAGAGAGAACUAAUGGGACAGUAAAGCUAAGACUUAGGAAAACAAUGGAACAGACAGGCAGGACAUGGUUAGACUGUAUAGAAUUAGUCAAGAUGUACAUGAGGAUCACUCCAACAGAGAAUGGUCUGACACCCUUUGAGAUUAUAUAUGGUAGACUAUUUAUAGUUCCAGUAUUCUGUAGUGAUGAUAGAAAAGCAGAAGAGAGAACAUUAGCAGAUUGGAUACUUAAAAUGUUAAAAAGUAAAGAAGUCAUGAGAACAAAUGAUCUGCCAGAUGAUUCUGUUUCUCCACAGGAGCAGAGCCUGAAUAUGAUAAAGGCCAUGAAGAGGAAGUGCUGGUCCAGUCUGCAGUUGCAAGCUCCCUAUCAGGUGCUGCUGAUGACGCCGAGAGCAGUGAAGAUUGUUGAGAGGCCCAUUUGGAUGCAUCAAGCCCACUGCAAGAAGGUAACACACUUCCUGGCCAACUCUGGGUAA